AUGACUUUGCGAAAUCCUGAACGGCUGUUCACCCAAGAAGGCUACGAGAAUGACGACGAAGGCGAUGAUUUCGUUCCGACCUUGUCUCAAGUAAUAGGCCAGCCAGUGCAGCCGCCGAUCAGACACCCCACCCCCGACAUUAUUAUUCAUCCCAUCUUCACAGACUUUAGUCCCCAGACACUGGCCCAAUAUCUUCGGAGCGAGAUUGAGAAGUUACGUACCCCCGCGAAGCAUGCUUCUUCUUCAACCAAAGGAAAGGGAAGAACGCAGUAUCAACCUUCAUCACCACCGAGCCGAACCCGCGUUUCAAAAUACUCUAGAAGCGCAAGUGCUAAGAACAUCCGUCCCAUCUUUCGGCCUGCGACAGUGGAACGCCUCCUGCAACAAGAGAGCAAUGCGACUUCCUCUCUGGCAGUGACAUGGGCGGGCGAGAUACCGCAGACACAACCAGACGAUGGUGCAAACGCCUUGUCUGCCAGUGACACUCGAGGCCUGGAUCCUUCCCCUCCCGACAACUCCACGCUCCCAGCACCUUUGUCUAGCUCUCCGAACUCUUCUCAAGGACAGACCAGUAGUUCGACGUCGAGCGCACGUCGGUCCAAUCGAUUAGCAGGAAGAGGACCAAAUCUCGCCGGAGUUGCUGACGGACAGGACCAUCAGCUCAUCGGUCGAAGACCUUCCAAAGAUCUCCUCCAUUCUUAUCGAUCGAUUUGCGCUGCAGACUCUGAGAACACUGAUCCUACGAGUACAUCUUUGCUUGGGGGAUCCCAGUCUAGGAGAUCUAAUUUUGAAGCUCACACGAAAAGUAAGAGAGAGGCUGGAAGAGCAGUGACUGAUGUUAGCACCACCAGUCUAGAAGAGACAGAUGUUUUUGGUGGACAGCCUAGCAACAAGGCUCGCCCUAGGAAGGCACCAGCUCGUCCGAAUGACCUAGUUCCUGUCAUUCCUUUGGAUGGAUACUUUGCAGACUCUGAGUCGAACAGUCUACACAAUCUACAAGAAGAAGAUACCCUUCUGGGGGAAGGCUCUGGAAACUCUCACUCUAGCCAUUCUCACAACCUACAGGAAGAAACUACCUCUUCGGAUACUAUGUUAAUUGCAGGUAAUCUUGAUGCCAUGCAAUUAUCAUUUUUAGAGCGACCACCACAAUCCGGCACUGCUCGCAGCUGGGCUCCCGUUCCUUUUGAUUACAGUCAAGUCGUUCCGGAGUCGAUUCCGAAAUCCUACACCAAAGACUUUCUCGACCUGGUUCGGAAACCGAAAAUAGCUCUGGCAACAUCAGCUGGAGAUCGAGACCCUCAAAAUGCGGACAAUCCACCUGCCGUGGCGCAAAGCGAGGAGCGAUUAGACGAGAAGCUAUUCCGACUAGCCGAGAAGUCAUUUCCUCGAGUGCUUCCCUCGACUUCUCUUCCGUUCCUGAUGGAACCCAAGACAAAAAUCUCCCGGGCGAAAGGUGGCAGACUAGCGAAGUUAUCUGAUAAUGCAUUCUCGAAGACAUCCCCCGCAAGAGGCCUCGAGGACUUUAAUGCGGAUCUCUGGCUAAGCAUCACCAAGUAUCUUUCAACGCGCGAUAUCGGAAUUCUUCGUCUCGUCAACUCUGAAUUUUGUGAGGCGCUCUCACCCAUACAGUUUCGGAAUGUUGUGAUCAACUUCGAUAAGCCAUUGUUCAACAACUGCAACGAUGAUUGGAACAGUAAGAGCAGCUACCUUCCCCAGAACUCUAUGUUUCAGAAAUACGGUGACAAUCUCAACCAACUGGGCAUAUCCUUCGAGUACGAUAUUGUGGGCCUCUCAAAGGCAAGACCCAAAGUCAUUGAAAAGGUGCAGGAGGCAUGGUUUGGAAGUUUUACUUGGCCGACUGAGCAUUAUCCUCGCUUUCCAGAGCUCCAGAAGAUCGAAGACCUCGUAGACAACAACCGCCCAUUGCUCAAGGAGGCCUUUAAAUACGUCAACAAGGCUUCUGAACUGGGCCUUUGUAUUGACAGUGGCCAUGGCUGGCUUGAAGGUCCAGAUAUGUCUGAUAUGGCGGUCCUGUCUCGACGAGCGAGCAGGGGCAGUAAGAUCUUCGGCAAGACAUUUCAAGGCGAAGACGUGUUAGAUAAGCUCUGUCGCAAUGAAUACUUCAAAUGGGCACAACAAAACAGCAUUCAUGAAGCAAUCAAGAAUGCCAUCCAGGCUCCGAGUUAUUCUGCUUCCAUCGCCGCCGUCGCUACAGAAGUCCGGUGGCUCGAGAAAAGACCGAUCCGAGAAAUGGAUAGCUUCAAGAUUCAACAUGAGCAGGAAGAUUUUGACCCAGAAUCUCACGUUGGAGGUGCUCCCGGCUCAAUUGCACACCACGGAGUUGGCAAUCCCAAUCCUCACGUGAACUGGGCCCAAAUCAAUCCUGGGCCGCCUCACAACGCAGCUGUCCGUCACCAACGCGUAACAGGGAAUCGUCAGGCUUCAGCGAAGAAGCAGCCACAAUGGCCAUUGAUCUUUAAUGGUCACAACAUCGCCGCGGAGAUGGGAGGCCACUGCGCUUUUGUUCAAAACAAAACCGCACUUCCUCUGAGCGCUGACCUUCGCCCCGGAUCUUUAACAGAGGCACAGGCACAAUGGCUGAUGGAAACGGCAUGGGCGCAACGUGCAUUUUUGUCUGCCUACACAACAGCUAUCAUUACCAACAAAACCAAUUUCACACGUAUUCAUACUCUACGCAUAAGCAAGCUUUCGUCUGGGCUCCUUUCAUCCCUCGCGCAGAAAGAAUUCUGGACAUCCCUUCCCAGCUUGGGGAGGCUACAGAUGUUGAUCAGCCCUGAUUGGAGGCAAGAGCAUAUCACAGGGGAUCGGUUCUACCAGACAAGCAUGCCCAUCCCACCUCACACCGCGGCCGAGAAAUUCACACAGUUUCUCAGACUUUAUGUCCUGCCCAUUGAGAGCCUUCACAGCCUGUCGAUUGGCUAUGUUGGAGGUGGUGAGCAUGGGGUGGGAAUAUUCGCUCGUAAUCAGCACGUCCUCCCUGCUCCAAUCGUUGAGGACCCCAGAGGCUGGCUUCAUGAGAACGAUACUGGGAGGCCCCGCUCAGAACUCACCAAGUUCGAGCAUAUUCGAGAUCUUGGAUUCGAAAACUGUUGGUUCAGCCCUGAAAUGCUUCAGGAUUUCAUGAGUCAGAGCCACGACACGAGCUUGCACUCGUUGACUCUCGACUCUGUCAGCUUACUAACUCAACACGAUCCAUCUAUCGAUCAGCCGUUGACCACUGGUGGAAGCAAUCUCCGAUGUCACCACGUGCGCGAAGAAUGGCUACACGAAGAAUUGCCAAGUAGCGCAACAUGGACACGUGUCAUCGACAGUAUUACCCCCGGUGUCACGUUGAUGGAACAUAAAUAUGCCGCUGGGCUCAUUGAUGAGACCACAACCCCCCAACCUGCCAAAGCAUUCCGAGGCCAUAUUCAGAAGAUCAUUCUCAACAGUUGCGGAUAUGUCAAGAUUACGUUGCCGAGAGGUGUGACGAACACCACCUUCAACCAAUGCUCUGCUGUGAUGCAUUUGGUCAGUCCUGUGGACUCUGGUAUUCGUGCUCGUCGAGAACGGUUUAGUCGACUGAUCAACCUCACUGGAACAGAGAUGCACGACCUAGGAUUGCCAACGCCUUUGGGUCGUAUGCAAGAUCAGCAUGAUAUCGGUUCCAACCGAACCAUGAUGAGUACUUCCUCACCAGAUGGAGAGGUGUAUCCGUGGCUUGGGACUCUGACGCAGUGCGUCCACCCUAUUGAGAAGCGCGUCUUGGAAAUGGCUUGGGGUCUGAAAUUUGGAUGGUCAGACCGCCUCGAAAGAUGGGCAUCGGUAGAGGAUGGUUUCUAUGAAGGCGGAACUGGUCGAUUUACGGGAAUUAUCGACAAGGAUACGAGGCCACAAGGAAAGUCUUAG